CGGAAGCGCAGCGGAAGACAGCUCAGCCUCAGCCCACGUAGAGAACAAUGCCGCCCAGCGUGGAGCUCGUCAAGUUCUGGUCCAAGUUCGGCAAGGAGUACGGCCGCACGGUGCGCCACCUGUCGCCGUACGAGGUGCACCCGGUGCGCAGCCUCUUCACGACCAUGCCGUACAAGACCGUCCGCAAGAUCAAGGAGAACGGCCUCGUGCUCAUCCCGGCCACGCUCCUGCUCGUGGGCACCGUCAAGUGGGGCGUCAAGGCCAACGACGAGGAGCACCGCACCCACUGGAGCUAAGCGACGCGGCCUGCCGCAAUCAGAGCUAAAGUGGAGCUCUCUGCGCAGCUCGACGGCGCUCGUCUCUCUCCUCUCUGGAUGCCAAGCGCAGUCUGCCCAGGAUCAGUGAAUGCAGACUAGGAUGCAGGUGCUCAUUCGGAUGAAGAUCAACCAGGGCGGAGUGAAGCAGCAGCAGGGAAGAGAAAGAACGUGACGUCGUGCAGCCGUGCAGCUCGUGGACUUUGUAGCGAGAUGCGAAGGAAAGGAUGCUGGAGCUCAAAGGCUUCGAGCUGUUUGGUGCGCAGGGGGCAGUUAAGUACACGAAAUAAACAAGAAAAAACACGAAGAAAAAAAUGGUGAACAUG